AUGGACUUAUCCAGUGAAGACCUGAACGGCACUGACACUUCUGAGGGCACUGAUGACGAUUGGAUAUACCUUCUGAACAGCGACUUUCAUAGCAUUCGCAGCAGAUCGCGUUGCCUAGGGCCUUGGCCGCACUGUCCAUUUAAGUCCAGUGGCGUAAAGGCCACUGAUGUUGACAUCAUGACGUCUGAUCAGGAAACUCAUCGCCUUGUUUUGCAUGCCCUGCAUCUUGUGUAUGAGGAACAGAAAUUGCGGCCGCUAGCACGAGAUUCCGUGAUUCGUUUGGCACGUUUGAAUGUUCGCCUUGCGAUUGCGAUUGGUGCCUCUGACUUCAUUGACCAUUAUAGACGGGAUCAUAGUGCGGUUGAACACUUUCAAAAAAGACAACCGCCCCUCAGCCCGCCACAGGAUGCCCUAGUUCCGUGCAUUAUGACGAAUUUACGUGAUUUGAUAAGAGGGGAAUGCGAGGCUCACACUGCCUUUCUCCCCACACUGUCUAACACUUAUGAAUCCCAAUGUCAGCAACUGAUGGCAUCAUGGCAGUCUCAAAGUCCAGCAAGUACGUGCGUUCAACUUGUAAGGUAUUUUAUCCGAUUGUACGGGAAAGCUGAAAGGGGAAAGUCUUUUGAAGAGAAGGCGGAGUCUCUUCUUCUUGCCAUGGUCGAAGAUAACUUUUGCAAGACAGACCUAGAGGGCCUCCCGGUCGGCGUCGCGCUCCCCCUACAAGACGCAUUAUUCAUUUGUCGAAGAAAACCAAAGGCGACCUGGCCGUACCAAGCUUUUGCUCUUAUUGGAAGGGAGGAUCUUUUCAACUUCAGCCGCUUCGAUUCGGAGAGAGUUACUCGUCCAGGACAGGAUAGUGAUGGGAUUCUGACAUCUGAGAAGGAACGUUUGUCUCAGGGCUCAGCGGACGAAGAUGGUUGUGAGAUGGAAACCCAUCUAUUUCGUCUACGAUUCAGUGAAGAUCGACGGGGUGAGGAGGUGCGGAGAAUGCUUCGGUCGACGGACCCAGUUACAAUGACUCCUCCUGCGAAUCCAUAUCCAGAUUCUAUAAUGGAAUUUGAUAUCGCAUCUGAGCAGCGGCGAAAACUGGCACGUCUUGUGCGCAAGCGUUACGCUGCUCCAGUAGGGCGAGGUGCAUAUACCCUAAGGACUUACCUGCCUUCAGAUCCAACAAAACCACUGGUGAUCCCAAAAAUUUGCGUGAGUGGAGUUCUUUUUUCGCAGAAGGGCAGUGUGGUCACUUUGAAUGAAGCAGAAGCGAGCGAAGGUCAGUGGGGUGAAUUCCACAAUGGUGUCGCGGCAGGACUCCGAAUUGUGGCAGCUCGCACUGACGACGAUAGCGACAACGGUCGGAUUCUAACCCGCGCAUGGAUUGUGAAUCACAGACCAACUGCAUCUUCUGGGAGCUCUAGUCAUGCCGGCAUGCUUCUAGCUCUAGGGCUCGGGGGCUAUCUACCGGCCCUGCGCACGACAGAUUACUACGAAUAUCUUAUACCACGACAUGAUCUAACGUCCAUUGGCCUAAUGCUAGGUUUGGCUGCAGGCAAUCUUGGUUCCCGACAUGAUAAGAUCACAAAGAUGCUCUGCGUGCACAUCAAGUACUUCAACGGUCCUGGAUUUGCAGUCCCUGAUUUCCAGGUAUCCAUGAACGUUCAAACUGCUGCAAUUUUGGGACUAGGUAUGUUGCAUCAAGGAGCCGGUGAGCAUCUCAUAGUUGAAGGCCUAUUCUCCGAACUUGGUCGGCGGCCAAAACCAGGUGACAAUGUUGAUGACAGGGAAAGUCUUGCACUAGCUGCGGGUAUAUCAAUUGGACUCCUUCAUCUCGGCAGUGGUUCAUCUGCAUUCGAUGCUGCCGACGAGCGUCUUAUCGACCGUCUAGUUCUCUAUGCAAAUGGGGGACCAGGGGCGUCACGGGUAAAAGAAAGCAAUUUCGUCAACACAGAUGUUGUUUCACCUGGAGCACUGCUUGCAUUGGCACUGGUAUACUUAAAGACAAACGAAAGACGACUAGCCGACAGGAUCGUACUGCCAGACUCCCUAUAUAAUUUGGACAGAGCCCGACCUGAUCACGUGUUUCUGCGAGUACUGGCUAAGUCGCUCAUUAUGUGGGACGAUAUUUCGGCAACUCAGGAAUGGAUUCUAAGAAUAAUUCCAGAGCUGAUCAGACCAGUGAGUAACGGUGACUCUAUUGACUUGCUCGGAGAGAUUGCUAUUGGAAGCACGUAUACAGAAGUUGACAUUGACGUACCCGGCAUCAUUGAUGCACGAGCUUUCGCGACAGCUGGGGCGUGCGCUGCCAUCGCCCUCAAAUAUGCUGGCACCAAUCAUCCUCUUGCAAUCAAUCUGUUGUACGACAUGUGCGAGACGUUUGAGAGAGCACUGCUGCAACAGGAAACUCAGCAUGAACCAGUGACAUGGGUGUUCAUGACGUGCCUGUUUUCAAUGGCACUCUCGCUUGCAGUCAUUGUUUCAGGUAGUGGAAAUUUGAGAGUACUACGUCUCUUCCGCAGGUUACGAAAGCGUCAAGGCCGUCCAGCUGGAAGCAGUAGGUAUGGAUACCAUCUCGCGAUACACAUGGCCAUCGGCUUUCUGUUCAUGGGAGGAGGAUGCCAGACGUUCGGCACAAGUAACAUCGCGAUCGCUGGGUUGUUGUGUGCCAUAUACCCCCGCUUCCCAGAAGACGUGAAGGACAACCAAUUUCAUUUACAAGCAUUCCGACAUUUAUAUGUUUUGGCGGUGGAACCUCGUUGCAUUGAAACUCGGGACGUAGACACUGGGAAGCCUUGUUGCGUGGACGUCGAAAUUGAACUGAAAGAAGGUCACAAAUUGAAAACGAAAGCGCCCUGCAUAGUCCCUGAAGCCGGGACUGUGAAACAAGUUUCAGUUGUAAGUGAGCGAUACUGGCCAACAACAACUCAAGUCAUUCCCCCAAUUCCCGGCUAUGGGUGGUUUUCGAACACACAGAGCCAGGUUCUCUUCGUGAAAAGAAGAACCGGUCAUCUCCCAUAUAUUUCGGAUCCGAAGGGAUCAAAGGGAAUUGCUGCAAGGUCUUUGUCCCGUAGUUGGUCAGGCAAGAGCGACUCAAAUUCUCAUUUUGAUCAAGUAGAUCAUUUGGUUCAGGCAUUCAGUGCUGAUGCCGAGUUGCAAGCCUUCGUGACCCAUUUUUGCAGUCCCUUGAAGAAUUCUGAGCAAUACUAUACAGCAGAGAAACUCGAGGAAGACAGGGCCCGACGUCACGUGGAAUGGAUGUUUGAAUGCUUGUCGAACGACAAGGCUGACGCAGUGAGGUUGUACAUGAAUGCCGAGCGCGCUUCAACCGCAGUUCUUGAAGGCCAUGCGAACCCUUCUCACGUCGGAAGCCUAAUGCUCCUGAAAUCUUACAUUUACUCUUCUCAAUUGCCGAGUACGCCACUAUUGCAACCUGCCUACCUGGCGAAGCUCAUUCAUGCAAUCCACGCCACUUUGAACACAACCACUAUGCAAGAAAGGAUAUUGAAGUAUAUUUGGAGCAAAGGGAGGAUGUGGCCAGGUGCGGAAGAAAGAAAUGGAAAUUUGCGAAGAUUGGAUUUAGAUUUUGGCAUUGCUCUUCGAAUGGAAGAAGUCCCAUGUCCCAAAGGGUUGCCACCCCUUUCUGCAGCUCUGCAGCUAGCAACCUCGGACAGAGCAACCGCAGGAGAUCAUUGGCUGUGCUUUGCAGAUGAACAUAGGAGCACUGCUAGUAUCACAGCAAUAGAAUGUAUAGUUGCUGCUCUGGAUGGGCGAGGUCUAGACGACCACCAACUUAACUGUAUAAUAUAUGAAGUCAAACCCUCAAAAUAUCUAUUCUUAACAGCUCUCGACCAUACAAUUGGUCUGUGCUGCACUCUCUCCUGGUACAGCUCCAGAGCGCAAGCUGCAAGAUAUAUAGAAUCUAGUCAUUUUCGAAAUGUUGCUGCUACUCUGGUCUCGUUCAAUUAA